GCCACCUUGGUCCCACCAGUGUUGGGUGACACCACUGGGGUUAAAGCCACCAUGGUGACUUCAGUGUUGGGUGGCACCGUUGGGUUGAAGCCACCAAGGUCCAGCCAGAGUUGGGUGACACCGUUCGGUAGAAGCCACCAAAGUCACAUCAGUGUUGGGUGACACCAUUGGGUUGAAGCCACCAAGGUCCAACCAGAGUUGGGUGACACCUCUGGGGUUGAGGCCACCAAGGUCACCUCCAUGUUGGGUGACACUGUUGGGUUGAAACCACCAUGGUCGCCUCAACCUUGGGUGACACCGUUGGGUUGAAGCCACCAAGGUCACCUCAGUGUUGGGUGACACCGUUGGGUUGAAGGUCACCUCAGUGUUGGGUGACACCGUUGGGUUGAAGGCACCAAGGUCACCUCAGUGUUGGGUGACACCGUUGGGUUGAAGGUCACAUCAAUGUUGGGUGACGCCGUUGGGUUGAAGUCACCAAGGUUCCACCAAUGUUGGGUGACGCCGUUGGGUUGAAGGCAUCAUGGUCACCUCCAUGUUGGGUGACACCGUUGGGUUGAAGGUCACCUCAGUGUUGGGUGACACCUCUUUGGGUUGAAGCCACCAAGGCCCAACCAGCGUUGGGCGACACCUCUUGUGCUGGAAGCCACCACGGUGCCACCACCACCGCCAGGUGCCACCAAAUCCACCCCCAAAAAAAUCCGGGAACGUCGCUCCCGGUGCCGCGUCCGCCGGGAACCGGAAACCCGGGAUGGCUCCACCUCCACCCAGCCCAGGACCACCCCGCUCCUCAAACCCUCUGAGAUGCCUCCAAGCCCACCCCAGCCCCGUUCCUCGUUCCGCCGUAAUCCCAAAUUUCUUUCCUGGAUCAGCAGCUGGGAGCCACCGGGAACCAACCACGGAACCCAAAAACCCAGGAGGUUCCACGUCCACCGCGUGUCCGACCCCGCUCCUUCCUCAAACCCUCUGAGAUGCCUCCAAACCCCAUCCCAGCUCCGUUCUGGAGCCGUUUUACCACCAUAAUCCCAAAUUUUUAUUCUGGAUCAGCGCCUGGUGCCACCAGGAACAUCCCCAUCCAUGAACAUCCAGGAUGGCUCCACCUCCAUCCACCCCAUGGCCAACCCCGUUCCUCAAACCCUCUGAGAUGUCUCCAAACCCCAUCCCAGCUCCAUUCUGAGCCGUUUUUCCACCAUAAUCCCAAUUUUUUUCUUGGAUUGAUGUCCACCACCACCAGGAACCGUCCCAUCCCCAAACCUCCAGGAUGUCUCCAGCUCCACCUCAUUCCUCAAACCCUCUGAGAUGUCUCCAAACCCCAUCCCAGCUCCUGCUGGAGCCGUUUUUCCUCCAUAAUCCCAAUUUUUAUUCUGGAUCAGCAUCUGGAGCUGCCGGGAAUGUCCCCAUCCAUGAACAUCCAGGAUGGCUCCACCUCCAUCCACCCAUGACCAACCCCGUUCCUCAAACCCUCUGAGAUGUCUCCAAACCCCAUCCCAGCUCCAUUCAGAGACAUUUUUCCACCAUAAUCCCAAAUUUCUUUCCUGGAUCAGCAUCUGGAGCUGCCGGGAAUGUCCCAUCCAUGAACAUCCAGGAUGGUUCCACCUCCACUCAUGACCAACCCCGUUCCUCAAACCCUCUGAGAUGUCUCCAAACCCCAUCCCAGCUCCAUUCUGAGACAUUUUUCCUCCAUAAUCCCAAAUUUUUUUCUUGGAUCAAUGUCCACCAUCCACCAGGAACCGUCCCAUCCCCAAAACCUCCAGGAUGUCUCCAGCUCCACCUCAUUCCUCAAACCCUCUGAGAUGUCUCCAAACCCCAUCCCAGCUCGGUCGGGAGCCAUUUUCCCACCAUAAUCCUGAUAUUUUUCCUGGAUCAGCAUCUGGAGCUGCCAGGAACGUCCCCAUCCAUUAAAAACCCAGAUGGCUCCACCUCCACCCACCCCACCACCAACCCCGUUCCUCAAACCCUCUGAGAUGUCUCCAAACCCCAUCCCAGCUCCGUUCUGGAGCCGUUUUCCCACCAUAAUCCCAAAAAUUUUUCCUGGAUCAACGUCCACCAUCCACCAGGAACCCCCUCAUCCAUGAACAUCCAGGAUGGCUCCACCUCCACCCCAUGGCCAACCCCGUUCCUCAAACCCUCUGAGAUGUCUCCAAACCCCAUCCCAGCUCCAUUGAGAGUCGUUUUUCCACCAUAAUCCCAAAUUUCUUUCCUGGAUCAGCAUCUGGAGCUGCCGGGAAUGUCCCCAUCCAUGAACAUCCAGGAUGGCUCCACCUCCACUCAUGACCAACCCCGUUCCUCAAACCCUCUGAGAUGUCUCCAAACCCCAUCCCAGCUCCAUUCUGAGCCGUUUUUCCACCAUAAUCCCAAUUUUUUUCUUGGAUUGAUGUCCACCAUCCACCAGGAACCGUCCCAUCCCCAAACCUCCAGGAUGUCUCCAGCUCCACCUCAUUCCUCAAACCCUCUGAGAUGUCUCCAAACCCCAUCCCAGCUCCGUUCUGAGCCAUUUUUCCACCAUAAUCCCAAAUUUUUUCUCUGAUCAACACCCGCCAUCCAUCAGGAACCUCCCCACCCAAAACCAAAACUCCAGGAUGGCUCCAUCCAUCCCGUUCCUCAAACUCUCUGAGAUGUCUCCAAACCCCAUCCCAGCUCCAUUCAGAGUCGUUUUUCCACCAUAAUCCCAAAUUUCUUUCCUGGAUCAGCAUCUGGAGCUGCCGGGAAUGUCCCAUCCAUGAACAUCCAGGAUGGCUCCACCUCCACUCAUGACCAACCCCGUUCCUCGAACCCUCUGAGAUGUCUCCAAACCCCAUCCCAACUCCUUCUGGAACUGCUUCUCCUCCAUAAUCCCAAAUUUUUUCUCUGAUCAACGUCCACCAUCCACCAGGAACCUCCCCACGCACAAAACUCCAGAUGUCUCCAGCUCAUUCCUCAAACCCUCUGAGAUGUCUCCAAACCCCAUCCCAGCUCCAUUCAGAGCCAUUUUUCCGCCAUAAUCCCAAAUUUUUUUCUCAUAUCAACAUCCACCAUCCACCAGGAACCUUCCCACGCACAAACCUCCAGGAUGUCUCCAGCUCAUUCCUCAAACCCUCUGAGAUGCCUCCAAACCCCAUCCCAGCUCCGUUCUGGAGCCGUUUUCCCACCAUAAUCCCAAAUUUUUAUUCUGGAUCAGCGCCUGGUGCCACCAGGAACAUCCCCAUCCAUGAACAUCCAGGAUGGCUCCACCUCCAUCCACCCCAUGACCAACCCCGUUCCUCAAACCCUCUGAGAUGUCUCCAAACCCCAUCCCAGCUCCAUUCUGAGCAGUUUUUCCGCCAUAAUCCCAAAUUUUUUUCUCAUAUCAACACCCGCCAUCCACCAGGAACCGUCCCAUCCCCAAAACCUCCAGGAUGUCUCCAGCUCAUUCCUCAAACCCUCCGAGAUGUCUCCAAACCCCAUCCCAGCUCCGUUCUGAGCCGUUUUUCCACCAUAAUCCCAAUUUUUUUUCUCAUAUCGAUGUCCACCAUCCACCAGGAACCUUCCCACGCACAAAACUCCAGGAUGUCUCCAGCUCAUUUCUCAAACCCUCUGAGAUGCCUCCAAACCCCAUCCCAGCUCCUGCUGGAGCCGUUUUUCCACCAUAAUCCCAAAUUUUUUUUCUUGGAUCAACGUCCACCAUCCACCAGGAACCGUCCCAUCCCCAAAACCUCCAGGAUGUCUCCAGCUCCACCUCAUUCCUCAAACCCUCUGAGAUGUCUCCAAACCCCAUCCCAGCUCUGUUCAGAACCAUUUUUCCACCAUAAUCCCAAUUUUUUUUCUCAUAUCAACGUCCACCAUCCACCAGGAACCUCCCCACGCACAAACCUCCAGGAUGUCUCCAGCUCAUUUCUCAAACCCUCUGAGAUGCCUCCAAACCCCAUCCCAGCUCCAUUCAGAGACAUUUUUCUGCCAUAAUCCCAAAUUUUUUCUCGGAUCAACGUCCACCAUCCACCAGGAAACUCCCCAUCCCCAAAACCUCCAGGAUGUCUCCAGCUCCAGCUCAUUCCUCAAACCCUCUGAGAUGUCUCCAAACCCCAUCCCAGCUCCAUUCUGAGCCAUUUUUCCGCCAUAAUCCCAAUUUUUUUUCUCAUAUCAACGUCCACCAUCCAUCAGGAACCUCCCCACGCACAAAACUCCAGGAUGUCUCCAGCUCAUUCCUCAAACCCUCUGAGAUGUCUCCAAACCCCAUCCCAGCUCUGUUCAGAGCCGUUUUUCCACCAUAAUCCCAAUUUUUUUUCUCAUAUCAACAUCCACCAUCCACCAGGAACCUUCCCACGCACAAACCUCCAGGAUGUCUCCACCUCAUUCCUCAAACCCUCUGAGAUGUCUCCAAACCCCAUCCCAGCUCCUUCUGGAGCCGUUUUUCCUCCAGAAUCCCAAAUUUUUUUUCUUGGAUCAACGUCCACCAUCAACCAGGAACCGUCCCAUCCCCAAAACCUCCAGGAUGUCUCCAGCACCACCUCAUUCCUCAAACCCUCUGAGAUGUCUCCAAACCCCAUCCCAGCUCCAUUCAGAGCCAUUUUUCUGCCAUAAUCCCAAUUUUUUUUCUCAUAUCGAUGUCCACCAUCCACCAGGAACCUCCCCACGCACAAACCUCCAGGAUGUCUCCAGCUCAUUCCUCAAACCCUCUGAGAUGCCUCCAAACCCCAUCCCAGCUCCGUCAGGAGCCGUUUUCCCGCCGUAAUCCCAAAUAAUCUCCCCCCCCCCGGAGCCGAGUGAGCCGCAGCGCUUUUCUUUCCGUAGGACGCGAAGACCGAAGAGUUCUUCUCUGGGGUGGC